GAGGAGGGCGAGGGGAAGAACCGUCGCGUGGUGGAGGAGGUGGAGGGGAAGAACCGUCGCCUGGUGGAGGAGGAGAGGCAGCACGUUUGCUUGGUUGAGGAGGAGGAGGGGAAGAACCGUCGCGUGGUGGAGGAGGGCGAGGGGAAGAACCGUCGCGUGGUGGAGGAGGGCGAGGGGAAGAACCGUCGCCUGGUGGAGGAGGAGAGGCAGCACGUUUGCUUGGUUGAGGAGGAGGAGGGGAAGAACCGUCGCGUGGUGGAGGAGGGCGAGGGGAAGAACCGUCGCGUGGUGGAGGAGGGCGAGGUGAAGAACCGUCGCCUGGUGGAGGACGUGGGCCGGUGCCAUUACCUGGUCUCGGCCGAGGUGGGCCAGUACUGUUGCCUGGUCUUGGUCUUGGUCACCCAAGGUUCCUUUCCAGAGGAGCUACCUACCCUACUACCAACGACAUUCAAUAGCAUAUUCACGGAGGCUUUCCUCUACAUCAGUAAAGUCAUCUUCAGUUGCCAUGGUAAUAUUGUGUUGAGCAAACGGCGAUCGGCCACAGAGACCAAGCCCAAGACCAAGACCAGGCAACAGUACUGGCCCACCUCGGCCGAGACCAGAGAGGCCUUCUCCUCCGAACCCAAACCAAGUGUAGACGAACGAAAAGCCGAUUCCACGCAGGACUAG